UUUGUCGCCCCGCUAGGCGGGACCAUCCAUGCAGGGCGCGGCGCGGGGAGUCAGUAGGUGUUUACCAACGCCUCUCCCCGGGUAAACACAACGGGACAACGCGGUGUUUGCUCGAGCCACAAAAGGCAGGGCUGGAUCUCCGAGAUGAGAGUAGGAAGGCACAGUGCCAGGUGAGCACUCAGACGUUACCUGUCGUUAGGCUCGCGUUUACCUGUCCGUGCUCGUCCAGGUGUGACUGGUGUUACGGUGUCACCGUUACACACAGGUAACUGGUACGGUCUCCGGACCCCCCUCCCCACCCUACGGACUUCGGAAAAGACAUUCGCGCCUACAAACAACAGACGACGGAGGCACACCUGUUAUCUAAGUGUUCUGUAAGACUCCGCUGAAACCACGUCCGUCGGAAGUGACUCCACCGUGCUCACGCCUUCAACAAACAUGGCGACAGUGAGGAGAAUUUGCGUGUCGAUCCUGGCCGUGUCCCUGCUGCUGAUGUCGUCCUGUAACGCGCAGACUUGCCCGACCACCUGCGAGUGUACCAACACUUUUGUAUUCUGCACAGCGAAACAGCUAACCAGCGUACCGACAGGCAUCCCUACUGACACAGUGCGUCUUUUCCUAGAGAACAACCAGAUACAAACCCUAACCCCGACUCCCUUUCUAAACCUCGGGCUCCUGGAAUGGUUAACUCUCACCAACAACCCCAUCGACACGAUCCUACCAAACACCUUCCUGAAGCUGGAGAACUUGACGAACUUGUACUUGACCGAGAAUAACCUCACCGCCAUAGCGGCUAACACGUUCCGCGGCAUGGUAAAGCUAACGGAGCUCCAUCUAUACAGAAAUCAGAUCGGAUCUCUUGUCCAAGGAUCUUUCUCUGGGAUCGCGUCGGUCCAAGAACUGUAUCUGUACGAGAACGCGAUCACAACUUUGGGGGAUUUUCUGUUCGACGAUCUGAGAUCGCUAACUAAGUUAUACCUCCAGGAUAACUUGAUUAACGGCAUUACCAGUAACGCGUUCGUCGGUCUGACGUCACUCACGGAGCUCCGCCUGGAGAACAACCUGCUGCGGACCGUGCCCACCGCCUUGCGGGAGCUGAGCGCACUGCAGGGGCUGUACCUGAGCGGGAACAAGUUGGUUCGGAUCACGGAGAACGCGUUUCCCGGCCUCACCUCUCUGACUAUCCUCACUCUGUUCGACAACGAGUUAGAAAUCAUCGACACGAACGGAUUCAGCGGGUUAUCCGGACUUCAGGACCUUGAACUUCAGAAUAACCAGAUCGUGGCCUUGGGUGACUUCAGUCUCAACGGUAUGACGAGUUUGCAGACCUUGAACUUGGCCGCAAACAACAUCACGUCCGUGGGGCAGUACGCGUUCUCGAGUUUGGCGGCGGUGCAGGAAAUAGACCUCAGCAACAACACGAUAACCGAGAUGCCUUACACCGUCUUGAAGCAACUCCUUCAGCUCAACACCUUGAGACUUCGCUUCAACUCCUUGAAGACGCUGCCUAUUGAGGGAUUUGAAGUUCUCGGCGCCAUCCCGAGUCUUGAGAUGACGAACAACCCUUGGGAGUGCGACUGCAGCAUGCAGGCGGCCUCUCUCUGGCUCCGUCUCAACACAGCCUCAACCAUCAAGAACCAGAUCGUCUGUGCAGCACCGGAGAACCUGCAGGGCCGGGUUCUGGAUGAUGUGGUGCUGGAGCGUCUGCUGUGCACGGAGCCGACUGUGGUGUUCUCCGGGGACGAUGUCCUGCCGGGGCCCGGCCGGGCUCUGUCUCUCCAGUGCACCGCUGAGGGCUUCCCCGUUCCCGAGCUGACCGUCACGACCGCACGGGGAGAGAACGUUACCGUCGAGACGUCGACGCAAGACGUCACCUUGCGUCGCGACGGCGCCGUCGUCGUCACGAACGUCAGCGCCGAAGACGCGGGCACGUACGUGUGUAUGGCGUCGAACGCCGCGGGGUUCGCCUUCGCCGCCUGGCACGUCGCCGCCAACGUCAGCAACGACACGACGUCGACGACGUGCGCGUCAGGUGCGUCAGGUGACGCCGUCGUCCUGACGGUGACGGAGUUCACGCUGAUAAUCAUCGCGUCUUUCUUGUCCGCUCUUCUCAUCUCGGCUCUUGUAUUCUGCAUCUGCCGCGUCAACAAGCCCAGAAGUAGUAGCGGUAGCAGGCACAGGUCUACUGUGAACAACUCCCGGGGUAGAAAGCCCAGUCCUGGAAGCGCCGAGCUGCCACAGAACACGUACAUGCGCAGUUACCCCCUCACCACCACCCUCCCAGCUCCCGCCAUCCACACCGAUCACGUGGGCGCCCCACCUGUGACAUCAAAGGCUGACGCCGCCAACUCCUCGGACACGGGCAGCCUCGACCACCCGAGCAUGCGCGGGAGCCAGAUCAUCAACUACCACACCCACAGUAACCCCGCGUACCACAGCGACUAUUUCGACUCGCUGGACAGUCGGCGCGCGUUCAAGCCCAUCGCGGUGAACGGGCUGCAGUACGGAAACCAGCCGCUAGUCGGCAGCACCAUGAGACUAUCUGACGCGGGAGACCCGCAAAACUCCUACCUGGCUACGCACGUAUAGCACGCAUACUAUAGGGAAUAUUUCUAAGGAAGUCCAGACUUUGCGAUAGUACAUCAUAUAUACGGUUUAUGGGUUCGACGACUUGAAUUCAUGCAGGAGUGGAGAGGAAAAAAACUGUGUUUUCAUCCAAAAUUCAUGUGCUCAUAACGUUGCCUAUGGGAUUUCUAAGGACAUCAAGCACGUAUAGCGGGUAACUUGGCGAGAGAAAAGGAAAAAAAAGCCGCCUAGGGGAUUUCUACGGAACUCCAGACUUUGCAUUUAUAAGAGAGAUUGGAAUCCAGGGCAUUGCAUAUACAUAUAUACGGGUUAUGAGACGGGUUAUGCGAGACAGUAACUUUUGGAGGCAGUACAUGGCGUCACCAUAAGAAUGAACUGAACUGAACUAUGGGUUAAGAAAAAGACGGGCGAAUUCAAGCAGGAGUGUGGACGAAAAACUUUAUGUUUUCAUCCAAAAUUCAUGGACAGUAAGGUAACAAAGUUACAGAGGAUAGGCGGUAUCGAAAUUUAGUAAUCAACUGUAAACUGAAAUUAACCAAUCAUGACAUAUACUAUAGAACAGAGAGUAUAGGCCGGUAUCUUUGUAUAGUGAGGUUAUAGUAGGUUACAUGUACCAAGUAAAUACUCAAAGAAAUAGUACAUACUCCAGCAAAAUAGCUUUUACUGUACU